AUGAACUCGUUAAAGCUUCUCGGUCUCUCUCGCCCCGUUUACAAUGCAGUUGUCGCUAGGUCGCUUGCUUCACAUCCUCUAGCUGACCUUCUGGGACGACUGAAUCAUGUCGCCAUUGCUACACCGGAUCUUAAGAAGGCUGCACAGUUCUACAAAAACCUUGGAGCGAAAGUCAGCGAGGCUGUGGCACAACCUGAGCAUGGCGUCUACACAGUGUUCGUUGAACUACCGAACUCAAAACUAGAGCUUCUUCAUCCUCAUGGUGACAAGUCACCAAUCCAGGUGGAGUUUGAUAAUGAGUUAAUUACGCAAAUGUUUCAUCUCGAUAGGUGUUGA